CAGGGCCAUAGCAAGCUUCGCGCAAAGCAGCUCGGGGAAACUAGUCAACAUUCACAGUCUCCAGUCUUGAGUCUUGACCGUUGACAGGACGAGAGGACUUUGUCGUCAGCGAUCGACUCAUCCGGGCAAGAUUCGGAAACGUGACCACAUAGUCAAAAGUGAUGGUCAUUCGGCUAGAAAAUCAAUUGUGGCUACGAAUGUCAAGGUCCAUCUAGGGCGUGACAGAGUUCUAGAAGGCGAGAUGACGAUAUUAAGGAUCUUUCUCUCUAUGCAUCGUGUUACCCCGCUACUCGAGACCCGUGCAGCGGAAGUUGUGCAGCGACUGCUGAAGUUCUGUCCUGGACUUCCGCGUUGUACCAGAGCUGCUUACAACUCUCAGAAUUGGGCAUUAUAAAUGUCUCUGCAAAUAAAUCUUCUUCAGUGUGAGCCACUGCAGAGUCUUGAGAUUCAAUUGAGUGAGAAAGAGGGAGGGAGAGAGCUCUCAAUCAGAGCGUCAAAUCUUGUUCGCAGUCCGACUUUGGACUGGUGAGUUUGUCAACAGCGAGGAGGGUGAUAAGGCAAGAGCAAGUGUCGCGUAAGCAAUGGCGAUCAAGAUUCAUGGACGCCAAUUGUCUUUUUACGUGAGAACUGCGAUGCUAGCCAUGAGCGAGAUGAAUGUUGAGAGUGAGAUCAUCGAGGACGACAUGCAUAGUCCAGAGUACUUGGCAAAAGUCAAUCCCUUCGGAAAACAUCCAGCGGUUGAGUUCGACGAUUUUAUUUUAUACGAAAGUCGAGCAAUUUUAAGAUAUGUUGCGACCAACUACGGGGGACUGCAUCUGCUCGGAUCAACUCCCAAGGAGAAGGCGAUGGUGGAUCAGUGGUUUGAGGUGCAAGGGUGCAACUUCGACCCUCCGGUUCGGAGUAUUGUCUUGGAAUUGUACUUUUUUCCUAAGUUCGAAGGAAGAGUACCGGACGUAGCGGUUGUGGAAGAGAAUCUCAGCAAGUUUGAGAAGCUUCUGAACAUUUAUGACGCUCAGCUGGCCAAGACCAAGUACUUGGCAGGAGACUUCUACUCCAUGGCAGAUCUGGCUCACAUUCCUUUGCUGCACAGAUUCGUGGCCAGCUCGGGAAAGGAAAGUCUGGUUACUAGCCGCAAACAUGUCAAUGCUUGGUACGAAACUAUCACUUCUCGGCCAGCUUGGAAGAAGAUAGUGGAACAAUAUCCAGAUGUCUGAAAUCACUAUCGAAUGGUAGUUGCAUUUAAUCAUUGAUGAGUGGAUCAAGUGCAAAUUAGAUGGAGAAAUGACCAGCGGCCGUUAAGACUCUUAGUGAUUCCCUUGAGGGCUUUCCUGCAUAGUUGAAUUGUUAUCUUGACAAAUCAUCGCGCAAAGUAGGAGCUUUGGUGUAGAAGAGAAUCUCUCCUACAGAGUAUGGAGAUCUAGAAUAUGCCCGUCAUUCUCUGAAACUCAGUUGACUUUAUCACUAUGACUGUCACAAAACAGUUGUGGACCUAAAGUCAAUUGACAUCUGAGAUGCUGAUAAAACGUCAAUUUGGAUGUUACUAUCAUAAGCUU